UAUAAAUAAGACGCACUUGUGCGCGUAGUCAGUCAGUAAAUACGGUGCGUCGCAAGUCUGACAACAGCAAGGGAAUAUACACCAAGUAGUGACAGUCGUCUGUGUACAACGAGGAACGUAACUAUUUAACAGCAAGAAGAAAAUGAACUUUAUCAUUCUUAUAAUCGCAUUCUAUCUUCAGUUCCUCGUAACGAGAGUGUCAACGAUGCCUUUGGCCGGCUCAACGAGGACUAGAUCAGCUAAGACUAUUUCAUCCAAAGAAGAACAUCUUUUAAGAACAGCGUUAAGAAGACAAAAGCGCUUUUCCCACCAGUAUUUUCUUUAUACGUUCAACACGGGACAGUUCGUAAAGGUCACCUCAAAAGAAAUCCACGCGAACUCAAACAAAACUGAUAAAUAUGCUGAACUUAUUUUGACAACCACGAGUAUUGAUGGGCAGCUCAAGAUUCAAGGAAAACAUAGCAAGAGAUACGUGUGUAUGAACAAAACAGGGCGAGUCAUCUCAAAGAAAGUUUACAGAGAAAAACAGUGUUUGUUUAUCAUGAAAAUGGAAGACAAUGGUUAUACCACUUUUCGCCUGGCCAGCAAUGAGAAGAGAUAUUUGGGUUUUAAGAGGAACGGUUAUCCCCGACUAGGUCAUGAGACAGAAUCACACCAUAAGGCAGCUUUGAUGAUGAAAGAAAGAAUACCUUCGUAAUUCUUAGA